ACCGUCCCGAAUGGUUGCAACUAGUCAGUAUCGUUCCUUGGACCAUUCUUAGAAGCACUCAACAAGUUCUUCUCCGCCAGCUCGUCGAAAGUAUCACCAUGAAGGUCGUCCUAUUCUUUGCCGCUAUCGCACUGUUCGUCGCUCUGGCCCACGGUCAGAAUGGCUGCGUUCGUGACGAUACUGAUGGGCGCCCGCUGUGCAAUGCGGCGGAAUUGACCGCACGCCUGUGGCGUAACAACUGGGACCCGACCGCGUACUGGGAGUGUGAGACGGCCAACGUUGAGGCUACGGCUCGCCGCUGCCCGACCGAGGGAUUGUUCGACACCGUGACCCGCACCUGCAUCAACUGGUUCAACUGGGAAUGGACUCCAACGUGCAAGCCGCCGAGCCGUGUGUAA